AUGGGAGAUGCAGAAGGACAGAGCCGCUGUGAGUCAAACUUCCUCUCACUUUAGUUUGUGUUUGUUCAUCUGAGUCCGUGUUUAGUCAUGUUUUAACCGGAUAAAUGUUUAAUAUUUUAAUAUUUAAACCGGAUAAAUGUUCAGUAUUUCAAUGUUUAACCGCAUAAAUGCUCAAUAUAUUAAAGAGGACGUGAAACACUGACCCAAAUUAUCAUUAUUUUUGAGAAUGCCUCUCGACUUCACAGAUCACCGUAUUCAUGACUCUUAAAAUUUAAUACAUUUCUAGAAAACUGUGACAGAAGUUCCACUUUAGCGACACUUCGGGGAACCGUAAAGCAGUGCCACUUUGCGUGACGUAAUGGGUUGUGUAGCCCGCGUAUUGACAAUUGAAUGAGACCUGAGGCCUGUACUACGAAGCUGGAUUAACACAUCCAGGAUAACUCUACGACAACUCUCUAAACUUCACCGGAUCUCCGCGAUCCCGAUCAGCUGUACUACGAAGCAGGAUAUCAACUCGAUAACUGAAUCCAGUUCAGAUCUGUGCGCGCACACGUAAAGGGGGUCGGGUCAGUGCCACCGGACCAAUCUCCACAAUGGAGAAGGCUGCACGUCAUUUUUCACAGCUGAAGAACAGAGCUUUAUUUAAACAGUGAGACAGACACAGCCGCUGAAAGCCGGAGGGACUGCCGGCAAAAAAAAAUCACCGAUUGUGUAAAUUACAUUUGUGCGUUCAUAAAUUUAUGGCCCCCUAAUAUAUUGUCAUGCAGCGUGCGUGAUCACCACCAUCACUGACCUCAUUAUUUCAGAUACAACAGCAGUGGGGAAAAGAGUACGUGGGAGCAAAUAAAAAUAAAUCUAAAAACAUCCUUUUAAGUAGUUUGUAAGUUUAUUGGAAGAUUUUAUUUGUACAUAUUUCAACGCGUAAACAGUGAUUUCCUCACACUGCCUUUUUUUUUUCUCCAUCAUCUGAUGGUCACGUCAUCUGCAGACACAUUUGGGGUUAAGAGUUUUCUAAUCUGCUUCAAUGAAUUCUGAAUGAUGACUAACAAAUUUGAACCUGGAGCUUGGCAAAUAUUAGUGUAUUGCUUAGACUUCAUGCUACCUGAAUAUUGAGGCCGUCCGAGGAAAACCUGUAACGUUCAUAGAGAACGUCAUCAGGUAAAUCAAACGGAUUUGAACGAUCAUGAAUAUAACGCUCUCGGCGGAGCGCUCCUCUCCCUAUCCGUGCAACGAUGUCCCCGGGAUCCGGCAAAAGUGGGCAAGCCAUUUUCCAAGAGAUCCGAUUGGUCAGUGGGCGUUUUUUUAUACCUGCCGAGAUCUUAUCCUGAAACAUAACCUGCUCCGGAGCAGGUUUGGCGUUCCGCGUAAGUUACCGGGGCAACGGACCCGGAUAAAAAGAGAUCCACCUUCGUAGUACAGAAAACCCAGAAGUUAUCCAGAAGUUAUCUCGCUAAGACCAAAUCCAGCUUCGUAGUACAGGCCUCAGAGGCCUGUACUACGAAGCUGGAUUUGGCCUGGAUUUGGCCUCAGAGGCCUCAGGAUAAGAUCUCAGUAGGUAUAAAAAACCGCCCACUGACCAAUCGGAUCUCUUGGAAAAUGGCUUGCCCACUUUUGCCGGAUCCCGGGGACAUCGUUGCACGGAUAGUGAGAGGAGCGCUUCGCCGAGAGCGUUAUAUUCAUGAUCGUUCAAAUCUGUUUGAUUUACCUGAUGACGUUCUCUAUGAACGUUACAGGUUUUCCUCGGACGGCCUCAAUAUUCAGGUAGAAUGAAGUCUAAGCAAUGCACUUAUAUUUGCCAAGCUCCAGGUUCAAAUUUGUUAGUCAUCAUUCAGAAUUCAUUGAAGCAGAUAAGAAAACUCUUAACCCCAAAUGUGUGCAGAUGACGUGACCAUCAGAUGAUGGAGAAAAAAAAAAGGCAGUGUGAGGAAAUCACUGUUUACGCGUUGAAAUAUGUACAAAUAAAAUCUUCCAAUAAACUUACAAACUACUUUAAAGGAUGUUUUUAGAUUUAUUUUCAUUUGCUCCCACGUACUCUUUUCCCCACUGCUGUUGUAUCUGAAAUAAUGAGGUCAAUGAUGGAGGUGAUCACACACGCUGCAUGACAACAUAUUAGGGGGCCAUAAAUUUAUGAACACACAAAUGUAAUUUACACAACCGGUGAUUUUUUUUGCCGGCAGUCCCUCCAGCUUUUAGCGGCUGUGUCUGUCUCACUGUUUAAAUAAAGCUCUGUUCUUCAGCUGUGAAAAAUGACGUGCAGCCUUCUCCAUUGUGGAGAUUGGUCCGGUGGCACUGACCCGACCCCCUUUACGUGUGCGCGCACAGAUCUGAACUGGAUUCAGUUAUCGAGUUGAUAUCCUGCUUCGUAGUACAGCUGAUCGGGAUCGCGGAGAUCUGGUGAAGUUUAGCGAGUUGUCGCAGAGUUAUCCUGGAUGUGUUAAUCCAGCUUCGUAGUACAGGCCUCUGAGGCCUGUACUACGAAGCUGGAUUUGGUCUUAGCGAGAUAACUUCUGGAUAACAUCUGGGUUUUCUGUACUACGAAGGUGGAUCUCUUUUUAUCCGGGUUCGUUGCCCCGGUAACUUACGCGGAACGCCAAACCUGCUCCGGAGCAGGUUAUGUUUCAGGAUAAGAGCUCAGCAGGUAUAAAAAACCGCCCGAUGACCAAUCGGAUCUUUUGGAAAAUGGCUUGCCCACUUUUGCCGGAUCCCGGGGACAUCGUUGCACGGAUAGUGAGAGGAGCGCUUCGCCGAGAGUGUUAUAUUCAUGAUCGUUCAAAUCCGUUUGAUUUACCUGAUGACGUUCUCUAUGAACGUUACAGGUUUUCCUCGGACGGCCUCAAUAUUCAGGUAGCAAGAAGUCUAAGCAAUACACUAAUAUUUGCCAAGCCCCAGGUUCAAAUUUGUUAGUCAUCUUUCAGAAUUCAUUGAAGCAGAUAAGAAAACUCUUAACCUCAAAUGUGUCUGCAGAUGACGUGACCAUCAGAUAAUGGAGAAAAAAAAAAGGCAGUGUGAGGAAAUCACUGUUUACGCGUUGAAAUAUGUACAAAUAAAAUCUUCCAAUAAACUUACAAACUACUUUAAAGAAUGUUUUUAGAUUUAUUUUUAUUUGCUCCCACGUACUCUUUUCCCCACUGCUGUUGUAUCUUAAAUAAUGAGGUCAGUGAUCGUGGUGAUCACACGCUGCAUGACAAUAUAUUAGGGGGCCAUAAAUUUAUGAACGCACAAAUGUAAUUUACACAACCGGUGAUUUUUUUUGCCGGCAGUCCCUCCGGCUUUUAGCGGCUGUGUCUGUCUCACUGUUUAAAUAAAGCUCUGUUCUUCAGCUGUGAAAAAUGACGUGCAGCCUUCUCCAUUGUGGAGAUUGGUCCGGUGGCACUGACCCGACCCCCUUUACGUGUGCGCGCACAGAUCUGGCCUCUGAGGCCUGUACUACGAAGCUGGAUUAACACAUCCAGGAUAACUCUGCGACAACUCGCUCAACUUCACCGCAUCUCCGCGAUCCCGAUCAGCUGUACUACGAAGCAGGAUAUCAACUCGAUAACUGAAUCCAGUUCAGAUCUGUGCGCGCACACGUAAAGGGGGUCGGGUCAGUGCCAUGUUUAUUGUUUAAGUUUAUUGGAAGAUUUUAUUUGUACAUAUUUCAACGUGUAAACAGUGAUUUCCUCACACUGCCUUUUUUUUUCUCCAUCAUCUGAUGGUCACGUCAUCUGCAGACACAUUUGGGGUUAAGAGUUUUCGAAUCUGCUUCAAUAAAUUCUGAAAGAUGACUAACAAAUUUGAACCUGGAGCUUGGCAAAUUUUAGUGUAUUGCUUAGACUUCAUGUUACCUGACUAUUGAGGCCGUCCGAGGAAAACCUGUAACGUUCAUAGAGAACGUCAUCAGGUAAAUCAAACGGAUUUGAACGAUCAUGAAUAUAACGCUCUCGGCGAAGCGCUCCUCUUACUAUCCGUGCAACGAUGUCCCCGGGAUCCGACAAAAGUGGGCAAGUCAUUUUCCAAGAGAUCCGAUUGGUCAUUGGGCGGUCUUUUAUACCUGCUGAGCUCUUAUCCUGAAACAUAACCUGCUCUGGAGCAGGUUUGCCGUUCCGCGUAAGUUACCGGGGCAACGGACCCGGAUAAAAAGAGAUCCACCUUCGUAGUACGGAAAACCCAGAAGUUAUCCAGAAGUUAUCUCGCUAAGACCAAAUCCAGCUUCGUAGUACAGGCCUCAGAGGCCUGUACUACGAAGCUGGAUGAACACAUCCAGGAUAACUCUGCGACAACUCGCUCAACUUCACCGGAUCUCCGCGAUCCCGAUCAGCUGUACUACGAAGCCGGUUAUCAACUCGAUAACUGAAUCCAGCUGUGGCCUCUUCAGAUCUGUGCGCGCACACGUAAAGGGGGUGGGGUCAGUUCCACCGGACCAAUCUCCACAAUGGAGAAGGCUGCACGUCAUUUUUCACAGCCGAAGAACAGAGCAUUAUUUUACGAGGAGUACCGCAACAUUAUAACAGUGAGGAGCAGGACAGCCACAGCCGCUAAAAGCUGGAGGGACUGCUGGCAAAAAAAAAUCACCGGUUGUGUAAAUUACAUUUGUGCGUUCAUAAAUUUAAGGCCCCCUUAUAUGUUGUCAUGCAGCGUGUGUGAUCACCACCAUCAUAGACCUCAUUAUUUCAGACACAACAGCAGUGGGGAAAAGAGUACGUGGGAGCAAAUAAAAAUAAAUCUAAAAACAUCCUUUAAAGUAGUUUGUAAGUUUAUUGGCAGAUUUUAUUUGUACACAUUUCAGAACAGGCCCCAGGGGCCUAUUCUACGAAGCAAGUUCGACCUUGCGAGAUAGCCUUGGAGCUACCUCGCUCAACUUAGCGCGGUAGCCAGCGGUCUCGCUAAACGGUCUUACGACGCUGGUUAACAACCUCGUAAGUGGAUCCAGCUUUGCUAUGAGCGCGUGCACGCAUGUAAGGCGGGUCCGCAGCAUCUGACCAAUCGCGAACAUGGACCAGUCUGGAGUGUCAGAGCAGGCCGGAGAGCGAAGAACCUUUACCUUACAAACGAGGAGCAGGAGAAGAUCAUGAUAAAGUAUGAAGAAUUCAAAUCUAUCAUAAACCUCAAAAGCAACACCGUCGCCACUGCAAAAGCACGGAGGGCAGAAAAUUGCCGUCAGUCUCAAUGCGGAAGUAUAGUGCGCAAUAAAUCUUUGAUGCCAUUAUCACCCUUAAAUAGCCCUGUUCAACAUGCGCUUUUAACAUGCACCAGACAUGUCUAAUAAAUUUCCAAGAUGAAUUGAUUCAAUUUGUCAUUCCUAUCCUGUUUACAUUUUUGGUGUGAUUGUAGGCCGGUGGCGAUUGCGCUAAGACUGCAAGGGAAGCUCAGCUUCCCUUAAAAUGUCACCCCCCAAAAAAAAGAAAAAGUGGUGAAAUACGUACUGCUGUGUGUACAUUUCAUUAACUAAAUAUGCGCUACAAAGCCAUCUUUUGUUCAGAAUCAGCUUCUUAUCACACUGUGAUAAGAAGCUGAUAAUCACAGGUAACCGGCAUAACUUCAUUCUCAUUCAUCCUCGCAAUGUGGAAGCUCAAAGUGGGUUGUUCCAGCAGCGAAACUAGACGCUCAUUGGAUAAAUGCUGGGCUUUGUCCCGCCCAUCGGACACUCGGCGUCUCUGGAGUUCUAUGACGAAAGGGCGGUCCCAACUUUCUUGCGGACGUUGAGCUUCUGCAUUCAUGAUUGGAUGUGCUGUCUGAGGCGAAAUCCUUUUUUGAUUGACAGCUAAAUAAGCGAAUCAGCGAUCUUGAAGAAUAAAACAUCUACCAGAGCAUUUUCCAAGUUAUUCAUUCCGUUGUUCUUAACUGCUCCGGAGACUUUACCGAUCCUCAGUGACUUUUGUCUUUGUUAAAAACGACUGCUGUUGUGUUUGGCGACUGUUCUGUUACAUACAAAUAAACAAACACAAUUAUGAUGUAGGCCAGAAAAAUGAGCUUCCCCUCCUUGAAAGACCAGAAGCCGCCACUGUUGUAGGCCAUAUGAGCCUUUCACAAAGGUGUUCAUAUGGAAAAGUGAGUGGGUCCGUGCGGUCCCUGAAAACUCUCGCGCACCGGAGUGCUUCUCGGACAAUGCAAGCACCGAGGUCUAUAGGAUCCUCCAAGAACGGACAAGCCAUUUUUCGAAAGAGCUCAUUGGUCAGUGGGCAAGGUUUUUAUACUUGGUGAGUUCAAUCUGUAACCUAACCUGCCCCGGAGCAGGUUAGCCGUUCAGUGUACGUUGCCAUGGAGACUCCCCUCGCUAAGAAGUGAACUGGCAUCGUAGAACAGGAAACCCCGAACUUACCCUUGAAGUAACCUGGCAGUAAUCCUGCUUCAUAGAACAGGCCCCAGGGGCCUAUUCUACGAAGCAGGAUUACUGUUUAACAAGGUAACUUCAAGGGUAAAUUCAGGGUUUUUCUGGGGCCUAUUCUACGAAGCAAGUUCGACCUCGUUCAACUUAGCGCGGUAGCCAACGGUCUCGCUAAACCGUCUUACGGCGCUGGUGAUCAACCUCGUAAGAGGACCAGCUUUGCUAUGAGGGCGUGCACGCAUGUAAGGUGGAGCCCGCCGCAUCUGACCAAUCGCGAACAUGGACCAGUCUGGAGCGUCAGAGCAGGCCUGAGAGCGAAGGACCGCGUACUUUACAAACGAGGAGCAGGAGACGAUCAUAAGAAAGUAUGAAGAAUUCAAAAUCUAUCAUAAACCUCAAAAGCAGCACCGUCGCCGCUGCAAAAGCACGGAAGGAAUGGUGGCAGAAAAUUGCCGACAGUCUCAAUGCGUAAGUGUAGUGCACAAAAAGUCUUUGAUGCCAUUAUCACCCUGAAAUAGCACUGUUCAACAUGCGCUUUUAACAUGCACCAGACAUGUCUAAUUCAUUUCCAAGAUGAAUUCAUUCAUUUGUUCAUUCCUAUAGUGUUAACAUUUUUUGUGUGAUAUGUAGGCCAUAUGAGCCUUUCAUAAAGGUGGUCAUCCAGAAAAGUAAGAGGGUCGGUGCGGUCCCGGAAAACUCUCGCGCCGGAGUGCUCCUCGGACAAUGUGAGCACCGAGGUCUAUUGGAUCCUCCAAGAACGGACAAGCCAAUUUUCGAGAGAGCUCAUUGGUCAGUAGGUGGGGUUUUUAUUAAGGCUGCAACAACGAAUCGAUUAAGUCGAUUCGUCGUGACGAAAAAAUUCUUUGCCAACUAAUUCUGUAAUCGAUUCGUUGGGUCUUUAUAUAUGUCCAUGGACACCGGCGUGUAAACAUCAGCAGGACGCACAGAAAAGAAACAGCCAUGGCCGAGGCAGCGGCUGAGAAAAACAUGAACACAACCCAACCCAAAUCCCGACCUAAAACAUUAGUGGUGUGGGAAAUCUUUACCAAGACUGAAAAGGAAGGCGUUCAGUGCAACAUUUGCAAAGCCCGUUUUGCAUGGCAUGGGAUUACAUCGAGGAUGGGUGAGCACAGGGCUCUCAAGUCUCACGCAUUCAGCGUAUGACACACGCAUUCCCACUCGUUCACACGCUCACACACCACACAUUGUAUUUCUCACGCAUUUAAAUGAACACGGUGAUGUCCACCACGUUGCACUUCUUUAACUAUGGAACAGGAGGAAAUCAACUGAGUUUCUCCGAGAGUUCAGAAGCUGCGUUUCACGCGCAAGCCAAUCAAAUAAAGUAUAUCUACUGAACAGCCAAUCAAAAAGCAGCAUUGCUGUAUCCGGGUAGAUUUUGAUAUCUUGCGGUUUGACUACAGAAGAAGACAGACACUCGCCGAAAUAGAGCAGGUUUUUAUAAGGACGAGAAAGACCCGAUGAUUACAGUAAGUCAGUAACCUACACAUGCAGAGACCGCAACACCUCAUGGCAGAUGAACUCAUAUGAUAAACGAAAGCCCUAUGCUAUUGCUAUUAACAGCUGCAUUGAUGAAUUUAGCCUGUUUAUCCGAUUAAUCGAUUAGUUAUUAAAAUAGUCGACAGAUUAAUCGAUUAUCAAAAUAAUCGUUAGUUGCAGCCCUAGUUUUUAUACUUGGUGAGUUCAAUGUGGAACCUCACCUGCCCCGGAGCUAGCCUGGCUCAGAGCAGUGAAUUAAACAGAGUGGCGACACUCCCAUAGACAUACGCUGUACAGCCCGGCGGACCCCACUUCCGGGUUAUGGAACUCUCAAUAAUUCCAACAUGACCGCCUGUCAUGUCGGACGCCGUUCGCUUCUAUGGCCACAAGGCAAGCACUCACCGAGGUUAAAUGAUAAAAUAUCAACAAGUUUAAUGCCAAUACGUGUGUUAUUGAUAUCAAGGGGACCCCUUUAUAUGUAAAAAUGUAUAUCCCAAAUGUAAUUACAUUUUUUUAGUCAGGAAUUGGGAUCGAUUUUUUUAGCCACGGUUUGCUCCAACACUCCCCGAGGUAAAAUAUUGUAUCAACGAAUGUAAUGCCAAUACGUGUGUUAAUGGUAUCGAGGGACCCCUUUAUAUGUAAAAUGAUUUUAAUUUUAGUUUGCACAAGUUGUAAUUACAAAUGUAAUUACGUUUUUUUUUAGUUAGGAAUUGGGAUCGAUUUUUUUUUUGCCACGGCCUGCUAGCUGGACGUCGUCAGCUGUAGAGGCCUGCCAAAAUUUAUUGUGUGACUGCGUUUUGAAUCACAGAUAAAUCAUCAUCAUCAAUCAUAGGUUGAGAUGGUUACUUAUGGGCUUUAUUUUAGAUUUCAGUCUUUAUCAGUACCCAAUGUUAUGUGCAAUUUAUUCUUUUUAGACUAACAUAAGUGCUAUGUAAUUUGAUCUCUGCUUAUGGGAUGAUUGAGUUAAGGGACCGCUACUUUUUAAAUCCUGUCAGCAUUUAAGGCGUAUGUUUAACUUGGAAAAAUGUUAUGCAGGCCAUGCUGCAAGACCAAAACAUUGCACAAUUGUUUAAACAGCUUGUAACACCUGUUACUUACCACUUUAUUGUAUUAUUUUCACUUAUAAAAAAGUAACACCUGUUACCAAACUUGUCUUAUUUCACUUUAUCUGUCAUCCAGCCACUAAAUAUAUGUACGUGACUUUGACGUGUCCGCAGUAAUCCAAUAAGAGUUGCAAAUGUUGACUUUUUACGGUUAAUCUUAAUUUACCGCUUAAAUGCGCGCUCACUGCAGUCUGUCCCAUUGAAGAGCAUGGACAGUGCAGGCUGCGCUUGGAACUAUGGAGGGGUACAUGAACCACGUGACCGCUCCGGCGGCUAGAUCGGAAGUUGUCGCCACUCUGUUUAAUCCACUGCUCUGGCCUGGCUGGGCCAUCCAGUUGCGUGAAUCACUUUCCGUUCCUUCACACAACGGUCUGGACUUCGGCCAAUUAGGAGCGAGUAUUAGAAAUCAGAAAAUAACCGGGUCAAUCAGUGACUGUGUUUCCACUGUUCCCCGGACAAAAGGGAAAGGCAGCCCCUGAUUGGUCCAUGUGUAGAUGGUGACGUCUAACACAUGCUGCGGGACUUUUCAAAGUGCCGUUCAUUCAGAAUGCAGUUAAUUCUGCAGUUGACUUUGCAAAGUCGGCAGAAAUCGUUUAUAUCCACAGAAGAAGACGUAAAAGACAUUGUUUGCUCGCACACCAAACUUUUACUUGAUGCUUGAGAGCCCAGCAGGGAACACAGUUGCGCACUGUGAUGAUGUCAGAUGUUUGGUUACGGUGAUUGGUUACAGAAGUCUGUCUAUCAAGGAAAGUACUUCCGCACACUUAGGGCUCCCAAUUGGCCGAAGUCCAGACUGUUGUGGAAAGGAACGGCAAGUGAUUCACGCAACUGGAUGGCCCAGCCAGGCUACCCUGGAGCAGGUUAGCCAUUCAGCGUACGUUGCCAUGGAGACUUGCCUCGCUGAGAAGUGAACCCACGCCGUAUAACAGGAAACCCUGAAUCCCUGAAACCCUCGAAGUAACCUCGCUAAACUGUAAUCCUGCUUCAUAGAAUAGGCCCCGUUCUACGACGCAGGUUCACUUUUUAGCGAGGCGAGUCUCCAUGGCAACGUUCACUGAAUGGCUAACCUGCUCCGGGGCAGGUUAGGUUCCAGAUUGAACUCACUGAGUAUAAAAACCCCGCCCACUGACCAAUGAGCUGUCUCGAAAAAUGGCUUGUCCGUUCUUGGAGGAUCCUAUAGACCUUGGUGCUGAGGUGCGGAGGAGCACUCAGCGCGUGAGACUUUUCCGGGACCGCACGGACCCACUCACUUUUCCGUAUGAACACCUUUAUGAAAGGCUCAUAUGGCCUACAAUCACACAAAAAAUGUAAACACGAUAGGAAUGAACAAAUGAAUGAAUUCAUCUUGGACAUUAAUUUGACAUGUCUGUUGCAUGUUAAAAGCGCAUGUUGAACAGGGCUAUAUCAGGGUGAUAAUGGCAUCAAAGAUUUAUUGCGCACUAUACUUCCGCAUUGAGACUGUCGGCAAUUUUCUGCAAACAUUCCUUCUGCGCUUUUGCAGCGGCGACGGUGUUGCUUUUGAGGUUUAUGAUAGAUUUGAACUCUUCCUGUUCCUCGUUUGUAAAGUACGCGGUCCUUCGCUCUCCGGCCUGCUCUGACGCUCCAGACUGGUCCAUGUUCGCGAUUGGUCAGAUGCGGCGGGCUCCGCCAUAUAUGCGUGCACGCCCUCAUAGCAAAGCUGGAUCCACUUACGAGGUUGAUAACCAGUGUCAUAAGACCGUUUAGUGAGACCGCUGACUACCGCGCUAAGUUGAACAAGGUAGCUCCAUGCCACCUCACUAGGUUGAACUUGCUUCGUAGAAUAGGCCCCAGAUUAGGAUGGCUGAAAUGGCGAAUCGAGAGCCAAAGACAAGUAAACUCACUAACGGAGGGGUAUUUUGUUUUGCGCCAGGCUGCUCCAACCAAUUUUACAACGGAGUCUCCACUGUUUAACGGAGAUCUGACGUAAAAUAACGGAGGGGAAAACAGUCAGCAUUAUCACUCAUCCAGCUCCAACAGGUUAAUAAUCCACUGGUAUUUUUCCUGUUUACAUCUUGUUUGAAUCCCGUUUACAACCUCGUGGUCAGCGCCUCAUCCAUUCACGUGAAAAUUAAAGUUUUUAGCGCUGUUUCUGGUCGGCCGGCUCAGUCGUUUAUUUCCUGGUCUUCUUCCACAGGGACAUGGAACACGUCUAGGUACUGAUGCGGUGAGUUAGUCAUGGCCUAUCUGGACCCGUGGUGGUCUGGACUCGGUACCAAGUCCACUGAUGCUCCUGCUCUCGAUCUCUCUCAGGACAUCUGAAGCUAAAUCGAGCUAAAACUUUAUUCACACAAUGUGAAUUGAUGAAACGUGCUGACCGCGAGAAACGGGAUGUGAAUUGUAUAGGUGGAUUAUUAAACUGCUGUGUCUGCUUGGAUGUGUGGUGGACAGAGUUAAGGACGUUUUAUAUUUUUUUAGGCCACGUUUCCUCCGUUACUUUAUAUCAGAUCUCCGUUAACCAGGGUGUGGUGUGAUGAGCUCCUGUGAAAGCUGUAGCUUUGUGAACACAGGUGGGUCUGUGUGGAUGAGACAAGACAAGUGUGUAGCUGAUGGAGUCUCUGGUGAUGAUGUUUAUACAGUUAAUAUCAAUGUUUUCUUCAGAUCGCUUCUGUGUGUGUGUGUGUGUGUGUGUGUGUGUGUGUGUGUGUGUGUGUGUGUGUGUGUGUGUGCGUGCGUGCGUGCGUGCGUGCGUGUAACGUUGUUACUGCCUCCUCCUCCUCCGCUUCUCCUUCUCGCUUACAUGGUCUUUUUCUGACCGGCUCAAAAGCAUACGCCAUCGGGUUGGCAGGAUAGAUCCAUCUCAAAUUCGUCCUCGGACAUCUUACCACUGAGCGAUUGAGUCACGUACACUAAUUACUAUUUCACCGCUCUGUUCCUGCACAACCGGUGACGUCACAACUGUCAUAAACUCAAGAUGGCGCUGUGCGCAUGUCGUAAAUACACUCUUCAAAGCGGUUUUCCUAUUAAACGGCUGAUUUUUUACACAAAUAUUACUUCAGAUUCUCUCCUAAUUGAUUUUUUACCAAGUGAGGAUGCCAAUGUGGUGUGUUUCAUGUCCUCUGUAAUGUUUUAACUGGAUAAAUGUUCAAUAUUUUAAUGUUUUAACCGAAUAAAUGUUUAAUAUUUCAAUGUUUAAACCGGAUAAAUGUUUAAUAUUUAAAUGUUUAAACCGGAUAAAUGUUCAAUGUUUAAUGUUUUAACCGAAUAAAUGAUAAAUAUUUUAAUGGUUUAACUCUUUUUGUUGAAGAAUCAUCAUUCAUAUCUUUAUAUUCUCUUUGCUCCUUCCUGCAGACUGUCUGCUCGUGUUUUUUUUUUUUUUUUUUUUUUUUUUUUCAAUUUAAUGACAUGAAACCAAAAUAAGUGGUUCUUUUAAACAUUAUCCCUCUGAGGCUCUAAUGACAUUUUUUUUCCAUUUUAGUUGACUUUUUACUAGGCCUGGACGAUAUAGAAAAAAAGCAUAUUGAUAAAAAAUAAAUCAUAUUGAUCGAUAUCGAUAAUUAUCAAAAAAAAUUUAACAUAUAUUUUAAUUGCAGCCCUGGAUGUUUUAUGCUAUUGCUUAAUGACCUACUUUUAAUAAAGAACACACAAGCACUGAAUUCAAAUUCAAACCUUUAUUCAACCACCUUUUUUUUUUAACCACAACUUACCACAAGUUUUUUUUUAAAAAGAACUUAAAAAAAAAGAAAUCAACUUAAGUGGCCUGAGUGACGUCAGUAAAUACUGACAAACAUAAAGACUAAAGUGACCACAAAAUCUGAUAAAUAAAUAUUUAAAUAGUCUUUUGAUGAAAAUAAACAAAACAAACAAAUAUAUAAAUAAACAGAAUAGCUUUAGGUGGGAAUAGCAUACUACCAGUUUUAACUGUGUGGGAAACUGCCCACAGCCUGGUGUCUGAACACUGAAAUAUUUCUCCCGGGGUCGGGAGAUUUAUUUUUUUUAAUUAUCAUGUGAUUGACUUAAUAUGCAAACUGAGCACGAGAAGCAGGACUUAUCCACGCCGGUGUUGUGUCGUAGAAUGCCCCCCUGCCGAAUGCCCCCCCCCCCCCGCUAGUAGUCAUGAUCCAAAUACUCGCGUCUUUGUAAAAUAUGAGCUCAUUUUCUUCCACUUUAAGAAGCUAAUGAGUGGACGGGAUGCAGGGGUGCAUUCUACGGCACAACACCGGAACGUAUUUCCUCGGCACCCUUCUCACCUUUUCAACCCCUGACCCAUUUUCACGCCUGAAGCGCUGUGUUUGAGAAAUACUUGCGGCCGGGCACUUCAUAUCGCGGGUCAAGAGUGGCUAGAAGCUGUUUGAAGCCAGGCUUUUCAACGGUAGUUAUUGGCAGUAUGUCCCUCGCUAUGAAGCAUGUUACUGCAUGGGUGAUGUCCUUAUGCCGCUUGGACGCUUUGUCGUAUUUUUGGCAAGAAACGAAGUCCAGUUUGAUCUGCUUUACUUGCUUUGUGCUGGUGCUGGCAGCGGUUCCAGAGGAUUCCGACGACGACGACAAAGUCGGACGACGGCGCGGCCGACACAGCUCGUACUCCUGCGGGUGCGACCGGUUUAGAUGGUAAAACAAGUUGGUUGUGUCACCAGACUUGGUUUUUACUCAUUCUCUGCGAAUUUUGCAAACGACCGCUGUUUGCUUUUUGUCAGACUUAUAAAAACCAAAAUAUUGCCAUGCUGGUGAACUACUGAAACCUUUUUUCGGGACAAUGUCCUCCGCUUCUCCUUGCUGUAACAUUUUUUCUAAUACACGUGCUGUCUGUUGUGGUUUGAGAGGGGCUGGGCUUGGUGCCGUAGCGUACCUGGGUCUGCGUUUGUGAUUGGUUUAGAGGAAGUAAUGACUGUAGUAAAAGCUACAUGAUAGGCUAUGAUGAAAAAAAAAGGGAAACUGUGUUUUUCUAUCGAACUUUUUAUCGACCCGUUUUUUUUCUAUCGCACCACACGUCUAUCGAUCGAUAUAUAUUGUUAUCGAAUUAUCGUCCAGCACUACUUUUUACCUUUCAUUUGUUGAUAAUUUUGGCUGUGUUAAAGAUGGGGUAGGCAGGAAUCCAUUGAAGAAGCAUGUUUUUUUGUGGUGUAUAAACAAAAAAAUCUUUUAAUAUCAGUCAAUAGAUUUUAGUUAUUGAUGACAUUUGGAAAUAUAACGAUAUCUCUGUGUUCUCUUAUCAAAAGAUUUACACAUCUCAUGUCUGUGUUGUCAACAUUUUAACAUUUUUUAGCGGUCUUCUCUUUCUGACUGUAAACAAAGAGUUCCCUACCUCCCCGACCUGAUUGGUUGUGAGUAGGCCUGCACGAUAUAUCGUUUGAACAUCGUCAUCACGAUGUACAUGUGUGCGAUAGUCACAUCGCAGAGCCUGCGAUAGUCACAUCGCAGAGCCUGCGAUAUCGGAGGUGAAUGAACUCCGUUAAUUUCAAGAGUAACUGACUGAGAUACACUGCAUGUGACUCUGCAUGUGCUGUGCAGCGAUCCACCAAUCACCUUCCACAGAAGAUGAAGACUUGUUGCCAAAAAGAAAAGGAAAGUCAGUUAUCUGGAAUUAUUUCGGUUACAAGAUGGAUAAUGUCGACCAAAACACGUCUUCUGUGUUCAUCUGUUGCCACAAUAACGUCCCAGAACAAUAAAAGCUAAAAAUAUCUCUGAGACAGACAUAAGCCAUUCUACAAACAUUCACAAAAAGAGGUAAGAUCAGUGCAGGUUAACUGUCCUCAAGAUUUCAGCAGUGCAGCAUAACAUUAAGUGCAAUUCAGGUCAUCUGGUGAAAAUUCCUGUAUUUUUUAAUAUCGCAAUAUAUAUCGCAGGGUUGAAAAAAAUCGCGGUUAUUUUUUUCCAAUAUCGUGCAGCCUUAGUUGUGAGGCAGACGCUGCUCCCCUAUGCCGUUCACGAGCCCAAACAAAGGUAGCGUGCUACAAUAACAAAGUUAGCGUGCUACAAUAUAUACAACAUACAAUAUGUGUGACAAAAACCCUGUACGUUUAGGUCCUUCAAUGGACAAAAAUGUCCAUCUCAUAAAAAUGCUAUAAAAAUAUUAUACAUUGAUAUUUUUUCACUUUUUUUUUUAACUUAAAUCUUUGAAUCAACUUCAGUCCUAAUCAUAACUACCAAUUUUUUAGUUAUUUUUUAUUCAAACAUAAACUGUUAUUUGGAUGAAUUAAAACAGUCUUUGGUAAUUAUUAAAAUAUUUCAAGUGUUUGAUGAUAAACUUUUAUUUGAGUGACUGAUAAAUAAGACACUGACACAGAUGAUACUACAGACUGUUUCAAAUCUGUGAAUAAUUUUCUGUUUUGAUCCUUUACUCUGUGAAACAGUUAAAACUAUAAAGACACUGAGGCUCAGAGAGUUCAUACUGGCGCUUUUAUUUUGAGAUCAGUCAGAGUCUCAGGUUGUUUCCUGUCAUCAGUGCAGGUAAAGUGAUCGGUCAUGAAGCUCUAACAGGUUUUUACUGAUCUUAACGUUCCGUCCUGAUUCAGUUUAAACCACAGUCCACCUCACCUGACGUCUAACAGGUGAGGUGGUCCCAGGUGAGACCACCAGACGUUAGCUCUGUGCGGGCACGUGUAUGUGUUAUGCAGCUGUGCACAUCAAACACACACAACUUUAUAUGUGUUUGUUACAGAUGAGCGUCUGACAGCAGAGCAGAUGGAUGAGCAGAGGGUUCAGAGCGUGGCGUAUCAGUACCUGUGCAGGUUGGAGGAAGCCAAAAGGUCAGUGAGAUCCUCAUGAGACCCUCAGACCAGGUCCGUGUGAUCAGGUUUGGGAUCAGGAUCAGGCUGUCUACACUGAAAACCAUCAAAGUCUUUGUUAAUUAAAGUUGUUUUAGUGUCAUAAAGACGUUAUUUUAGCGUUUGAUGUGGGGCACAUGUUAAAGCAGUCAAGAAUAAAAUCAAAUUUAUUAAAGUUCAAACAUAUAAGAACCUUGCUGAAUAUGGACUCAGUGAAGACAAAUAUGCAUGCAAUGAUAUUUACUCAUAUUUCUUACUGUUACACUACAUGGUCACAUACGUCUGAGAGUACUUAAAAAAAAAAUCAAGUCCCUCUUUAAGAGGACACUUCAAACUUCAGACAAAAAGCCUUUAUAUUACAGAUGUACUAAACCCUAACCUACAGUUGUGAUCAAAUUUAUUCAACCCCCACUGAAAUAAAGUGUUUUGGCCAGUUUGACAUUGAUUUUGAUGAUUUCAGUCAUCUUAUUUACAAUUAUAUCAAAGAGGCACUUAUAAAUCAGACAAAUAUAACAUAACAUUUAUGAUGAAAUAACCACAAAUGUCUUUUCUGUGCUCACAUCAUUAUCAGUUUUAUUCAACCCCCUAGUGACAUUAUUUUUUAGUACUUAGUACAACCUCCUUUUCAAGUUAUGACAUCUUUCAAGCGUGAAACAUAGCUUGACACAAGUGUCUUGCAGUGACCUAUGGGUAUCUUAGCCCAUUCUUCAUGGGCAAAAGCCUCCAGUUCAGUCACAUUCUUAGGCUUGCGCGCUGCAACUGCCUUCUUUAGGUCCCACCAGAGAUUCUCAAUUGGAUUUAAGUCUGGUGACUGCGAUGGCCACUCUAGAAUGUUCCAGCCUUUCAUCUUCAACCAUGCUCUAGUGGACUUUGAUGUGUGCUUCGGAUCAUUGUCCUCUUGGAAGGUCCAACGUCUCCCAAGCCGCAGGUUUGUGACUGACUCCAUCACAUUUUCCUCCAAGAUCUCCUGGUACUGAAGGGAAUUCAUGGUACCCUGCACACAUUGAAGCUUCCCUGUACCAUUAGAAGCAAAACAGCCCCAAAGCAUAAUUGACCCCCCGCCAUGCUUCACAGUAGGCAAGGUGUUCUUUUGUUCAUAAGCCUGGUUCUUCCUCCUCCAAACAUAGCGCUGGUCCAUUGGCCCAAACAAUUCUAAUUUAGUUUCAUCUGACCACAGUACACUGUCCCAAAACUUUUGUGGCUUGUCCACAUGACUUUUGGCAUACUGCAGUCGACUUUUCUUGUUCUUUGGAGUCAGCAAGGGGGUGCGCCUAGGAGUUCUGGCAUGGAGUUCUUCGUUAUGCAGUGCGCGCCUUAUUGUCUGAGCUGAAACUUUGGUGCCCACAUCUGACAGGUCUUUGUUCAGUUCCUUAGCAGUCACGCGGGGAUUUUUCUCCACCUUACGCUUCAGGUAGCGCACAGCAGUCGCGGUCAGGAUCUUCUUUCUGCCACAACCAGGUAGCGUUUCCACUGUGCCCUUUAACUUGAACUUGCGAAUGAUACUUCCGAUAGUGUCUCUUGGAAUAUUUAACAACUUCGCAAUCUUCUUAUAUCCAUUGCCAUUCUUGUGAAGAGAAAUAACCUCUUCUCGGGUCUUCUGGGACCAUUCUCUUGCCUUCACCAUGCUUGUAAACACACCAGUAGAUGUCUAGAAGGAGCUGAGUAUCACAGUCCUUUUAAAUCUGCCUAAUUGGUGCUUAUUAUGCUUGAUUGCUGCUCGUUGACAUCCACAGGUGUUUUUAAUACCUGAUUGAAAACACUGGAAUGAACCUCUGUUCUUAAGAGUGGUAGUUUUAAAGGGGUUGAAUAAUUGUGUCAAUGAAGAAAUCACAAAAAGCCCAUUUAAUACUUUAUGACAAAAACAAUUGAUGCUAUUUUAGUUGCAUUUAGUUCUUUAACAAGUCCUUGUAAGAUUUCAUUAUGAACACAAUUACAAACGUGCACUGAAUUCCAUAAAACCCUUCACAGCAUCGGGGGUUGAAUAAAUUUGAUCACAACUGUAUAUAUUAGAUAAUUAAAUUUACUUUUCCUCAUCGUCAGAUCGUAAAUCAGACUGUUUUCUCAGUUUGGAUCAUAAUUGAAAAGAAAAGAAAACUCUCAUCACAACCACGCUGGAUGACAUCACUGUGACAUCACUGUGACAUCACUGUCACUCACCUCCCCAGGUGGAUGGAGGCGUGUCUAGGCGAGGAGCUACCUGCUCCCACUGAGCUGGAGGAGGCGCUGAGGAACGGCAUCAUCCUCGCCAAAGUGGGUCAUCGAUUCGCUCCGAAGGUUGUCAACCUAAAGAAGAUCUACGACCCCGAGCAGCUACGCUACAAUGUAACACACACACACACACACUAUUGACUCACAAAGAAAUAUGUAUGUACUCUGUUAUUUUACAAAGAUCAUUGUGAUUUUGGAUUUUGGAUUAAAUGAGUAAACAGCCACGAUAAAAUGUUUGUGUGUUUGUGUGUGUGUGUGUGUGUGUGUGUGUGUGUGUGUGUGUGUGUGUGUGUGUGUGUGUGUGUGUGUGUGUGUGUGUGUGUGUGUGUGUGUGUGUGUGUGUGUGUGUGUUGAUCCAUCAGGCUGUGGGGCUUCAGUUUCGACACACAGACAACAUCAACCACUGGAGAAACGCCAUCACAUCACUGGGACUGCCAACGGUCAGUGAACGCACCAUAUCCUGAUCAGAACGCAGAUCAACUGAUUCAAAUUCAACUUUAUUUGUAUGGCACUUUUCAGACAAAAAGAUGCAGUUCAAAGUUCCUCACAGAGGCUAAAAACAACAAUGAAACAACAAUAAAACCUGACCCUCCCACCCACACACCCACCCAUGGACCCACACACACAGACACAGACACACACCCACCCUCACUCACCCACACAUACACACAAGCGUACACAAAGUGAGAAUUUAAUAUACAUUGUUAAAGAGACAUGGCCUGACGCCGAGACAUGACGUGAGGAAAGAGCUACAAAUGGUAAAAAAAGAGAGUAAAACCUGAUGGACUAAAACAAGAAAAUAAUAUUAAAUGAACAGAUAAGUAAAGGCUCUAUACCAUGUAAAAGGAGUAAAAACCUCUGUGAUGGGAAUUAAGACAAAGACUAAGAACAAUAACUAAUAAAGUGACAUAAAAGAAAUAUCAAGAACUUUGAUUAAAAUGAACAUUUGCAAUAAGAGAAAUGUAAAAAAGCAAUUAAUGAAAAGCUGAUCAGAGUGUUUGUUGGCUGAAGAAAAUGAUGAAAUCUUGUUUUUAGAUCUUUCACCCUGAAACUACAGACGUCUAUGACAAAAAGAACAUGCCAAGAGCCGUGUACUGUAUCCAUGCCCUCAGGUCAGUGUGUGUGUCUGUCUGUCUGUCUGUGUGUGUGUUAGUCUGUUAGUGUGUCCUUUAGUGUGUUAGUGUGUCCAUGGGUGUGUUAGUGUGUCCAUGGGUGUGUUAGUGUGUCUGUUAGUGUGUCUGUGUGUCCGUUAGUGUGUUAGUGUGUCUGUGAGUGUGCUAGUGUGUCUGUUAGUGUGUGAGUCUGUCGGUGUGUGUAUUUUUUUGUUCAAAUCCGUCUCACAUCCCCUGUCGCUUUGCCCCCCCUUUAGUCUCUUCCUGUACAGACGAGGUCUGGCUCCUCAGAUUCAGGACCUGUAUGGAAAAGUGAAGUUCACAGGUAAGUGGAUUAAACCCUCACAGUUCACUCGUUCAUGGUUUUCAGCUGGUCCGUAUUUUCGGGUCGGCUGUUUCUCGUCAACUCUGGACUUGAUUGAGAACAGUAGACCAGCAGCAUAGGAACACAAGAUUCAGAGUAUAACACAUACUUAAUUUAACUAAUAACAGAACUUCGAUAAAUUCACUUCUUUGUUAACAAGAGACUGAGACCAUAAACUCAUCAGGAAGAUGACGACAGAGGGAAUAAAUGAGCGGAGAAAUAAGAGACGGCUGUACAGUUACAUAGUGGAGUCGCCCCCUGUUGAACAUUAGAGAGAGUGUAGCGUCACCUAUUCACUAAUGCUUCUCCCGUUAUGAAUGUGUGUGUGCGUGUGUGUGUGUUCAGAGGAGGAGAUCAACAACAUGAAGAUGGAGUUGGAUAAAUACGGGAUCCAGAUGCCAGCGUUCAACAAGAUCGGAGGAAUUCUGGCCAAUGAACUUUCAGUCGACGAGGCCGCAGGUAGAGAGGCGAGCCCUGAUUGGUGCAGAGAAGAGGAGUUUAAAAUGAAGGAUGAGGGAAAGGGUUUAGGAGAGAUAGGAGAGGAGAAGGAGAUGAGAAUUAGGAGGAUGUGGUGACAGAGCAGAGAGGAAGAAAAGGAGAUACAGUUGGGAGUCACUGGAGGAGGAGAGGAGGAGUCAGUGACAUGGUCUGUUUUUUUUUCCCAUCAGUGCAUGCGGCAGUGAUAGCGAUUAAUGAGGCGGUGGAUCGGGGGCGUGUGGAGGCGACGGCGGAGGCUCUGAGGAACCCCAACGCGCUCCUCACUGACCUGCAGGAGGCGCUGAUGAGCGUGUACCAAGAGAUGCUGUGUCAGGCUCGGAGGAGGAAGGGAGAGUUGGCGGCCAGCAGGGUGAGAGCUGAGCUGUGAUUGCUCAGAGAGUUUGAUGAUUGUCCAAUCAGAGGGCUGAGUUUCCCUCCGCUCAGCUGAUGUCAUAAAAACAGGAUUUUUACAAUAAGUCAAUGUUAGAUCACUCCUUCUAAAGUGUGUGUGUGUGUGUAUGUGUGUGUGUGUGUGUGUGUGUGUGUGUGUGUGUGUGUGUGUGUGUGUGUGUGUGUGUGUGUGUGUGUGUGUGUGUGUGUGUGUGUGUGUGUGUGUGUCAGGGCGGAGGUCCUGAGGAGAAGGACAUCUAUGAGGAGUUUCUGACUCAGAAGGAGAUCCAGGAGAACAUCCAUGUCGUGAACAGUGAGUUUUUAUUUUAGCUGUUUGUGAUUCCCUGUGGAGGAAACCAAUCAAAUGUUAAAACUGUAAAUAUCAAUAUCAGAGGUCUAUGUAGAUUCUCAUUCAUCCAGGUCAUGGUUUUCUUGAAGACUCCAAAAACAGGCAACUGCACUGUGUAGAGUUGAGAAGAUGUUUCGCCUCUUAGCCAAGUAGCUUCUUCAGUUCUGAACUGAAGAAGCUACUUGGCUGAGAGGCAAAACAUCUUCUCAACUCUACACAGUCCAGUUGCCUGUUUUUGAAGUCUUCAAGAAAAUCAAUAUCAGAGAUUACUGACGAUUACACUCUGAUGUAUUGAUGAUCAGCUCGCUCUGCGGUGGAGCAGGUCGAUGAAGCUCUGGACUCUUCAGAUGAACUGGCUCUGCUCGCUGCUCUGAAGCUGCCAUGUUUGGCCCUCAAAGGCCUCCGCACUGACAACGGGCCCUGGUACCUGGAUCAGCUGUGUGCAGAUCGCCAGCAGAAGGCGCUGGUACGCACACGCACACACGCUUAUUUCUUAAUAACAUGAUCAUCUCAAACCUCUCACUCUCUCAUGGACCUCAGUUCAUGUUUGACACACGUGUUAUAAUCAGGUGACAUCAUACCUGUCUCAGCUGUUUACUGAUCAAUAACAAAUCUGAUCAAUCAUGCCUGAUCCACUGCCAGGUGUUUAUGGUUUAUUUUUCAGUCUUUAUAAUAUUUAUAACUAUAGGAAUCUUAAGAAUUAUUAUACAACAAUAUUAUUUAUUAUAUUGAUAAACGUGAUCAAUAAUGUUUUAACAAAGUAAAUCAAUAAUUUCAUAAUAAAUAAUGACAGAUACUGAAAAAUUAUUCAAUAAGAACAAUAAUGUUGAGUAAAACUAACAACCAAAAACAAAUCAUCACAGUAAUGAAGAUAAUAAUUAUAUUAAUAAUAAUAAUCAUGACAAUAACAAUAAUAAUAAUCAUGAUAAUAAACAAGAUAAUAUUAAUAAUAAUGAUGAUGAUGAUAAUAAUGAUAAUAUUAAUAAUAAUUGUAUAAUAUGAUAUUAAAAAUAAUUUUAUAAUAAUAAUAAAUAUAAUAAUAAUGAUGAUGAUAAUCAUGAUUAUAAUAAUGAUGAUGAUGUUAAUGAAAAUUAAUAAUAGUAAUAAUAAUAAAUAUAAUUAUUAUUAUUAUUAUAAUGAUUAUUAUAUUAAUAAUACUAAUUAUAAUAAUGACGAUAAUAAUGAUGACGAUAAAUGAAAUAAUGAUAAUGACGAUGAUGAUGAUGAUGAUAGUACUAAAGCAUCAGUUUUUUGGGUUUAGCAUUUAUUUAACAGUUGUGUGACCUUUGACCUCAGGAUCAGGGCUGUGUGGACACUCUUGAGCCUGACGAGCUGCAGGAAGGAGUGACCCUUGCCAACCGGGACGCCACCAGAGCUCAAGCAGGUGAGAUCGUCAUUUGGGUGUCUUUGACGACAGGCGCCACCUGCUGGGCAGCUGAACACCAAACAACAGACCAAAUACAAGUUUGUGUGUGUGUGUGUGUGUGUUUGUUUGUUUGUUUGUUUGUUUGUUUGUUUGUUUGUUUGUUUGUUUCAGUGCAUGCAGCGGUGCAGACCGUUAAUGCAUCCCUUCGUGGCAGUGACCCCCGGCACACGGUUAGCUGUCUGCUGACCUCUGAUCUCCAGCUGCCUGAGGUGUUUCCGUUCGCUGCGUCUCUGUAUCACCGAGAGCUGCAGCUGCUGCAGAGACAGAGCCCACAGGUACGCCUGACACUCACCUGUCAGACCGCACUCAGGGUUUGACAUCCAUCAGUAGGUUCUCUGUGCCUCUACUGUCCCCCGCUGGGUAAACAAAAUCCCUUCAUGAGAGGACGUGGUUGAGUGUGUUUGAUUCGUCUCCAACAGGGGGAGCUGCAGCAGGAGGAGCUGUUUGUUGCCGUGGAGAUGCUGUCAGCUGUUGCACUUAUCAAUCAGGCCGUGGAGGUGGGACACCUGCAGCAGUUCAGCUCCUUAUUGGUCAGUCUGUCUGCAGGGCUGUCAGAUGUGGACCCCACCCUGCUGGACAGGUACUCAGCUGUUUACCUGUGACCGAUGAUAUCAGCGUUUUAGUCAGGGAGGUUAAAUCUGAGCACCACAAAAGAAGACUUGACUUAAGGUCAGGCUGUCAGAAACUGAACCUCAGUCCUCGGAUCCUUUCAGGUACUUUGACGCGCUGUGCCGCGUGAAGCAGCAGGGAGGGAAACAGCUGCUCACCUGGAAUCACCUGCAGGAAGAAAUCAACAAAGUCAAUGCAUCAGUGCAGGACGAACACCUACGUACGAACACACAAAAACACACACAUCAGUACACACACCUGACCCCUCUUUGUGACCUCUGACUUCUCUCUGUGUGACCUCAGAGCUGCAGGUGUUGGCUCAAGUGAACCAGGCCGUGCUGAGAGGAGACGCCAAGCGGCUGCGCUCCGCUCUGAUGCAGCCUGAAGCCGAAGUGGAGCAGUUCAUACCUGAGAACACAUGCAGAUACCUGAGCCUGCUGAGCAACGCCCAGAAACACAAAGCACAGGUGAGCACACAAACACAAACAGGUACACACAGACACACACAGGUGAACACACAAACACACACAGGUGAACACACAAACACACACAGGUGAGCACAAACACACACAGAUGAACACACAAACAGACACACACAGGUGAACAUACAAACAGACACACACAGGUGAACAUACAAACAGACACACAGGUGAGCACACAAACACACAGGUUAACACACAGACAGGUAAACUAAAGGUAAAAUAAACAACACAAAGAGAGUCACACAGGUGAGCAUACCCGAGACUCUCGCUGAAUCCUAAGACUUUGUUCUGAAAUUAUUUUGGUAAUUAACUCUGAAGUCAGGUGACUUUUUCUGUCCAAAACAGGUGAGCAGAGACCCUGAGGCCGAGCUGUGGUUGGCUGACAUCCAGGAGACGGUGAAGAGAGCCAAUCAGCAGAGCCAGAGAGCUCUGAAGUGUGAGGCUCAUACACACUUGAUACACACUUGUCUGACACUCACACAGCAGAUAAAAUUUAUUUACUCUUGUGUGUGCACUCGCGUGUGUGUUUGUGUGUGUGUGUGUGUGUGUUCAGUGUGUCUGUCUGUAGCUGCAGUGAAUCAGGCAGUGAAGGAAAACAGAGCGAGUCAGACUCUGCGCGUUCUAAGUUUACCUGAAGUUCACCUGAAGGGAGUCAUUCCCACCUGUGCUGAAGAGUAUCAGAGAGAGCUGCUGCACCUGAUCACACACAGGAUACACACAGGUAAAACAAACACAGGUAACACAUACACACACAGGUAACUCACACACACAGGAUACACGCAGGUAACACACACACACACACGCAGGAUACACACAGGUGACACACACACCCAGAAUACACACAGGUAACACACACACACAGGUGACACACACACAGGCAACACACACACACAGGUAAGACAACACAGGUGACACAUACACAGGUGAAAGACACACAGGUGACACACAGAGGUAAUACACACAGAGGUAACACACACAGGAUACACACACAAACACAGGUUACACAAACACAGGUAACACAUAUAGGUCACAUAUACACACACACACACACACACACACACACACACACAGGCAACACACACACACACAGGUGACAAACACACAAUUAUCACACGUGACAAACACAGGUGACACACACAGGUGUAAGUUUCUUGUUCAUCAUGUCGUUUUUUUUCUGUUGGUGGUUUUUUUGUGUGUCAGAGGAAGACGCUUCAGGUGAGACAGGAAGUUCACACCUGUGCUGUCUAUGUUCAGGUGACAACAGGAGUCCGUGGGUUCGGUUCCGGCUGGAGGACGGAUCCUUUUACUAUUUCCACCUGACCCACCUGGAGGGCAGCUGGGAGAAACCGCAGGGAUUCAUCCACAACAGCGUGUUCCUGGACCAGGACCAGAUACAGGUCAGAGGUCAACAUCUGAUGUUCACCUGAGCAGAUGUCAUGGAGUGCAACUCAUAUGAUGUAAUGUCAUGUGAUGUCAUAUCUCCCCUGCAGGAAGUGGUCAGUGAUGUUUCGGGCUCAUACAGUCGCGGCGUCCUCUGGCGGAGCAGUGAAGCCCUGGUCGUUGGUCUACAGGCGGUUUGUCGGGGUUACCUGGUCAGACAGGAGCUGGAGGCUCGCCGGCGUUACCUGAUCAGUCAGACACCUGCUGUCAUCACCAUCCAGGUGAGAACAUGACUGACUGACAGAUUCAUCACAAACUGGAGAGUUUAAAGACGGCGUUACAACCUUUUUGAUGACUCACAACGUGGACUGUGUUUCACUCUCACGUGUGUGUGUGUGUGUGUGUGUGUGUGUGUGUGUGUGUGUGUGUGUGUGUGUGUGUGUGUGUGUGUGUGUGUGUGUGUGUGUGUUUGUGUGUGUGUGUGUGUGUUCAGUCUCACUGGAGGAGGAGUGUCCAGCGGAGGGCAUACAGACUUCGUCUGCAGUUUCUCUACAUGAACUGGAGAGCUGUUGUCAAGGUAACGGCGUGUGUUUUGUGGCGUCAUGACAGAGUCAAGUUUUCUGUGUUUCUGAAUCUUUGGUUCCUCUGCUCCUUGGUAAAGACGGAAACACGUCUGACAUGUGGUCCUCUGAGGUUUUGGUCCGGUUUUCUCUUGUUGUGAGUUCUUUUGGUUCUGUGGAUCAGGUCGUGUUUGUCUCCAUAUUUUCUGUUUGCGUGUUUUUGACAGAUUCAGUCGUUUGUGAGGAUGUGGCUGGCGAGGAGGAAAUAUCGAGCUCGGCUGAGUUUCUUCAGACGUCACGUGAGUUUCCCUCUGAGCCGGGCAGCAUGAAGACUGAGCUGCAGUCAUUUUUAUUAUUGCUCUAACAGCUUAAACUGUAGUGACUUAUUAUUUUACCGUUUUAAUAUCACAAACUUUAAACAUCUUUAAAGGAAUAUUCCGGCGUAAAAUUAAUUUAGGGUCAAACACACCGUAACACCGAGUUAGACACCCCCUCCAGAGAUGAAUGUUGCUGACCGCUUGCUUCUCUAGUUAUACCAACUUUAGUAACGAUCGCAGGAUAGCAAUACAGAGAGCCACGCGCUCAACCAAAACGCCGCUCUAUAGCCACAUCUUUUGACGGGGUGUCUAACUAAGUGUUUGACCCGAACUUAAUUUUACACCGGAAUAUCCCUUUAAAACUCUAAAAUCUCAUUCCGUGUUUAUUACAAUAAUCUGAACUCAGAGAUGAAGCAAAAGGAUUCCACUGUAUGUUGAACUAAUGUUCAAUUCAAACCAAUCAGAGACCAGCAUUCCUUUUGUGUAUUUCUCAGGUGUAGUUGUUCUGUGUCCACAGGUGGGCGCUGUCAUAAAGAUCCAGGCCUUCUUCAGAGCUAACCGUGCUCGAGACGAGUACAGGAUGCUCGGUGAGUUUCCUAACAAGGGGAAACUUAAUGAGGGUCCUUUAGAUCAUCAGAACUGUUACUGAUUAAGCCCCUCCCCUUACAUAUUUCAGUGCAUUCGGCCACGCCCCCUCUGUCUGUGGUCAGGAAGUUUGUUCACCUGCUUGACUUGGGUGACAGUGACAUCAGAGAGGAGGCGGAGCUUCUGCGUCUGAGAGAGGAAGUGGUGAGGAGCAUUCGCUUCAACCGGCAGCUGGAGGCAGACCUGAACCUGAUGGACCUGAAGAUCGGUUUGCUGGUCCGCAACCGGGCCACGCUACAGGUGAGUCAAUUGUACCCAGAGGUAGAUGCCACAAAGCAGGUUAUCACACUGUAUGAGAAAACACAUACAUAACAGGUAAGCACACAACAGGUAAAGGCUCUACAGGUAAGAACACUACAGGUGAACACAAAACAGAGAAGCACAUGACAGACAAAAUAAUGACAGGUGAAGACCCCUCAGGUAACCACACUCCAGGUAACUGUAAAUGAGGUAAUUAGCACAUGUUAAUAUGCUACAGGUAUUUAUUAUUAAAAGUUAGUCUAGGUAGAAUCACUGUAGGUGAUUUGAGAACAGGUAAAAAUACAAAGGUAAGGUACAUUUCAGGUAAAUACUCCUCAGGUGAACUUGGUACAGGUUUCUACAUCACAGGUUCUUAAAGGGGACCUGCCAUCAAAAUUUCAUACCCAUUUUUAUCAUUUUUUCAUAAUCCUUGAUGUCCUCUGAUCAUGUUUGCAACAUAAUUUUAGCUGAAAAGUUAUUUGAUGGUUUGUUUUUAGUAUGCCUAAAAAACCUUACAGGAAAACCAACUGAUUUUGGCUCGUUAACAUUUAUGGUAAUGAGCUUUGCUCUGAUUGGCUCAGCAGUGGAGGUUCGGAUUUCAGUUUAUCCAUUUUGCUAAUGUGUGCUAAAGUAAGGUGCCCAGAUGUCUGUAAUGAUAUCCGGGGAUACUCGGUGCGGCGGGGCGGGGAGGGUGCAGGGGCUGCAGGGGCUGUGUGAUCACAGACAAAAUCUCGGUACUAUUUAGUAGCAGCACAUGCCCCUUGUAAUAACCCCCGUAAGAACUGUUUUUCAGGACUGCUUACUUGUGCUUCCUACCCAUUCGGCUACUGUAAUAACCGUUGUUCGAGCCCACACGCAACAUUUUUGCUCUCAUUCAUGAAACGCUUAAAUCUGGGACAGCUUUUGCCCGGGACAGGUCAUCCAAUACGGGGACUGUCCCCGGAAAUCACGGACGUCUGGUCACCUUAUGCUAAAGGCAAAAAAUGGCAGGUAUUAAACCAUAUAUUUUAGACCCCGAGUCCGAAGAGGAGGUGGAAGUUGAAGAAGAAGCCGGAGAUCUCCAGCGGUGUUUUCUCAUUCAUUCUGCCCAGCUUUAAGUUCAUUUUCCCAGCAGUGAACCUAAGGAAACACCGGUCGUUUGGAAGAGACCCAUAGCGGAUACAGUGGUAGCUGGGUCUCGCUCUGGCUGGAGAGUGAUGUUGACUGUGAAUGAGUACGAGAACGAGAGAGUGGGCGCGGCUCACCGAGGACGCACUCGUGAAUAAUAAUGAGCAAGGUCAGCGUGACGUCAAAAGGACCUGCUUUUUCAAUUGGCCUGGUUUACCCGUUCCUUUAUUUUAAACCUUUAUAGAAUGCAAGCAACGUAAAGGUUUGUUUUCACAUUUACAACAUAAGACGAACAUAAUAUGGACCUUAUCUGACACAAAAACACACAAAAUUACAUUUUUGAUGGCAGGUCCCCUUUAAACAGGUAAACAAAGAUUAUCUCUAAACAAAGGUGGAGAAGGAUGGUAACACUGUAACAGCAGCAACUAACAUGAGAAUAACUAAGAAGACGAAAUCAUGUUCCAAGAACUUGAGUCUUAGACUCCGCCCUCCUCGUUAGUGUUAAUUAGUUUCUCUGUCAACAGGAUGUGGUGUCUCACUGUAAGAAACUGACAAAGAAGAACGCUGAGCAGCUGUCGGAUAUGAUGGACAUGGAGAGAAACAAAGGCCUGAAGGCUCUGAGCCGAGACAGGAGGGACCGACUGGAGGCGUACCAACACCUGUUCUAUCUGCUACAGGUAAGAUUCAAAAACACCAGGGUCCUCAUUUAUCAACCGUGUGUACGCACAGAUGUGCUUUUGUAAUGAGUGCGUACGUACAUUCCCACGUAAGGUCUGGAAUUUAUUAACCUGUGCUUGUUGUUAGGAACAUGAGUAAAUUUAAGCCCAAUUCUGGGCAUGCUUACACACAAACCCUAGUGGUAGAACAGUGAAACUACAACUAGAACCCAUUAAAGGAGUCACAGCGUUCAGCAAUCUCAAACUUCACACAUGUUCUCUGUUCCCUCUGUACAAAAUUGAUCAAUUAGUUAUUUAUCAGACAUUUGGAAUGAUUGGUGUGAAAAGCUAUAAAAUCAGCGGUGACAGGACAACCUCACAAGAAGUCUUAUAAGUACAAAUACAAAUACAAGUAUCAUGUCUUAUUUUGGACUAUUGGCGGACUUGGAGAAGUGUCUGCUCCUCCUCAGGGAGCGCGUUUCCAAAGAGCAUGCUGAUCUGUUCAAUGAGAAGACAGAGUGGAUUCUCAACAGGUACCGCUUCCCUGAAAACAUUUGAAUGGAUUUUUGAUCCGUGAUUUACAACCUGUGUUGGAGCGAGAGACAAAACACACCAAAGCCAUCCCAGUGACCAUCCAGCUCCUGUCCACCCUAACUCGAACGUUUCAGCCUGAGAUCGGAGACAUAUACAACAUUUCACAUCCAACACUAAGCAGAAUCAUGUCGGCAGAGUUGAAUGCAAUAAUUUCUCUGACCUCAGCUUACAUCCAGUUCCCAAACACACAUCAGAAACAAGCUGAAAUAAAACAAGGAUUUCACGCCAUCACUGGAUUCCCAAACAUAAUUGGAGCCGUGGAUUUCCCCACAUCGUAAUAACAGCACCUUCACACAAUAAAUUCAGUUUAGUCAACAGGAAAAGAUUUCAUUCAGUCAAUGAUCAAUAAUCUGAGAUGAACAUAUGGAUCUGUUAAACGUUGUCCUGAAGGAACGCACGACACCUUCAUUCUGCAGAACAGCUCUGUGAGUGUACACCUCCAUGAUUUCAGCGAGGGGGAAAAAAUCCAUUCAGGCAUUUUUAAAGGGAUUGUUGAUACCAUAUAUGGUCAAUUGGAGGCCUUUCUGAAUGUAAAUGACCCUAAUCAUGAACAAGCACGCUAGGAAAGAACAGGUAGGAUUUAUCAUCACCGAUUACUUACUAGUGUGCGUAUGACCGGUAUCCACAUGUUUGAGAAGUACUGAUUUUUUUCUUACGCACAUUCGACAUUUCAUUCCUACGACAGAAAUUACAACCUUUUCUACAUACCACUGAGAAAUGAGGACCCUGGACUAACCUCGCCGCUGUGUUUGUGUGUGUGUUUGUGUGUUUUAGACCCAGCCCCUGUACCUGGCUCAGCUGAUCUUCCUAAUGCCUCAGAGCCGGUCCACGGCCUUUGUUGAGAUGCUGGUCUUCAGUCUCUUUAAUUACGGCUCGGACCACAGGGAGGCGUACCUGCUGCUGCACCUUUUCACUGAGGCUUUGCGCUACGAGAUCAGGUGACACACAGACACACCUGCAGGCUGAUGAACCAUGUGACUGUGAUGUCAUCAAUAACAGCUGAUCGUCUCUGAUGUCAGGCUGAAGGUGGAGCAGCCCAAGGACGUGGUCACAGGAAACCCCACCGUCAUCAAGAUGCUGGUGAACUUUUACCGCCAUGCUCGUGGUCAGAACGCUCUGAGGGACGCUCUGGGUCCAGCUCUAAAGGACGUCCUUCAAGACCGGACCAUCAGCAUCCGGACUGACCCUGUGGAGGUCUACAAGACCUGGAUCAACCAGACUGAGACCCAGACCGGGACCAAAAGGUCAAAACCAACAAAAGUAUUCAGAUGCAUAAAUUCACUGCAGGUGAUUUUUGACCCUUCCUGCUCUCCAUACCUGACUCACCUGAGUGUCUCUGCAGCUCUCUGCCAUAUGAUGUCACACCUGAAGACGCUCUGGGUCACCCUGAAGUCCAGAGACGCAUCGAUGUCGCCAUCAUCAACCUGAAGAACCUGACCGACCGAGUGCUGAAGGCCAUCACCUCCAACCUCCACAAACUACCGUGAGUUACACCUGCUCACCUGUUCACCUGCUAACCUGUUCACCUGCUCACCUGUGUACCAGCUUACCUGUUCACCAGCUCACCUGCUCACUUGUUCACCUGCUCACCUGUUCACCAGCUCAGCUGCUCCCCUGUUCACCUGUUUACCUGCUCACCUGUUCACCUGCUCCCCUGUUCACCUGCUCCUCUGCAUACCUGCUCACCAGCUCACCUGUUUUCAUGCUCACCUGUUCACCUGCAAACAAACACACCUGAACUCCCCUCCUGUAUGUUGAUCAUGUUCAAACACGACCGCCUGCACAGACUGCUGUAAUCGUCACACCUGUACCUCACAACUCGACCUUCUUAGUUUGAAACACUUCAUCAUCACCUGUUGACCCCGUUACCUGCCACCCGUCUCCACCUGAUGAUGUCAGUGAGUGUCAGGUGUGUAUUUUUGUGUAUUGUGUGUUUCAGGUAUGGUCUUCGUUACACAGCUAAAGUUCUCAGAGAUGCUCUGAGGGACAAGUUUCCUGAAGCCCAAGAUGACGACCUGUACAAGGUGAGUGCCAGGGUUUAGACCAUGCCUCCUUUUAUGUAACCACGCUCCUUUGUUUCAGGCGUAUCAGAGGUUUUUGACUCUAACCCCACCCUACCUCAGAUCGUAGGUAACCUGGUCUACUAUCGCUACAUGAACCCAGCUGUCGUGGCUCCUGAUGGUUUUGACAUAGUGGACCGCUCUGCUGGCUCCGCCCUGCAGUCAGAACAGCGCCACAUACUGGGCUCCAUCGCACGCAUGCUGCAGCAUGCCGCCGCCAACAAACACUUCCACGGAGACGGUUACCACGUCCGAGUGCUGAACCAGUACAUAACCCAGACCCACAGCCGCUUUAGGUCUGAGUCAGAACUUCUUUCAUUCAAAUCCACGUCCACCUAAACACGCUCUAGUGUGUGUGUGUGUGUGUGUGUGUGUGUGUGUGUGUGUGUGUGUGUGUGUGUGUGUGUGUGUGUGUGUGUGUGUCAGAACUCCUUUCAUUCAAAUCCACGUCUACCUUAACACACUCUAAUGUGUGUGUGUGUGUGUGUGUGUGUGUGUGUGUGUGUGUAUAAACAGGAAGUUCCUGUCAUGUGUGUGUGACGUCCCUGAGCCUGAGGACAGAUUCAACAUGGACGAAUUCUCUGAGCUGCUCAUCGUCCACAAACCCGUGGUCUACAUCUCUGUAGGCGAGCUGCUGAACACACACAAGGUAACACACACACACACGCACACACACAUAAUCAGCAGGACUGUGUCUUGGGUCAAACACACCGUAAUACUGAGUUAGACACCCCCUUCAGAGAUGAAUGUUGCCGACCGCUUGCUUCUCUAGUUAUACCAACUUAAGUAACGACCACAGGAUAGCAAUACACAGCGGUCUGAGGUGCUAUAAACAAACCUCAACCAAAAUGCCACUCUAUAGCCACAAAUAAUGCUCAGAACAGCACCUAACUUCAUCAACAGUACAUAUAGGGUCCCAGCCAUAGUACUAGCCACCAAACAUCUUUUCAACUUGGCAAAGAGACUAAACACAACUCACCUACUCUCUUCCAGCAGCCGCUUGUUUGUAGCGAGACCUCAGGCCAGUCCAUUACGGACUACAGCGGGGUGACGCAGCACAAGGAGGAACAUUUAUAAUCAUCACUUUAUCAUAUCCUUGAAGUAAUCGCCGAUUUUCGCCGAUAUUUUCAGAAAUAAAAUGCGGAGAAUAAGAUUCGGUUUCACUUUGAAAAUGUUCCGCCAUUUGAAAAGUUCCCCAACUUAUCCUGUAGAUGGCGCAGCGAUCUCAUGACAAUCUUCAUCCACUUACUAGUAGUUGCAAACGCUUUUCUGGUCCAAGUUUGAUCAGUUGGUCUUUCUGUUGGCGUGAAGAGCAGUAGCCUACAGUAUAUCUACAGUAUAUAGUAAUACUGUAGAUGUCUACAGUAUAUAUGUAUUUUUUAUAACUUCAUAAAAAAUCGUCUGAUUAAUGGGAAUCCCCCCACAAUAAUUGGCAUCGGCCCCAAAAAUCCAUAUCAGUCUGGCUCUAUUUCCUAGUACCUCUAAAAGUUGCGUGCGGCAGAGACGUUUUCGGAGCUUUAAUAACAGAAAAAAACGCUUCAACAGUGGCCAGUAAUUACACACGCACAUCAGAUAGAAUAUGUGUACACUUUGCGAAGUGAUACAUAUCAAACAAAGAACAUAAAGCACAGUCAACAAAAUUUACGCCUACCUAGGCUCACCUCUCCACCCCAGUGCAGGUGAGACCACCCCUUAUAUAACUUAGUGGCUUUCAAACACAGCCCCACGUGACCCAAACCCAACGAAACCAAAGGUAACCAGACAAAAGUAACUGAACACAGGAUAACCGAUCAGCAAAGCAACAUUAUGGCUCCUACACUGAAGUUAGGUGCUGCUCUGAGCAUUAUUUGUGGCUAUAGAGUGGUGUUUUGGUUGAGGUUUGUUUGUGGCUCCUCAGACCGCUGUGUAUUGCUAUCCUGCAGUCGUUACUAAAGUUGGUAUAACUAGAGAAGCAAGCGGUUGGCAACAUUCAUCUCUGGAGGGGUUGUCUAACUCGGUGUUGCUGGGGUUUGAUCCUAAAUUAACUUUACGCAGGAAUAUCCCUUUAAUGAAUCCAGCUCUGAUUCAUCCUCUCAUUCAUGUUCAUGUGUUCAUUUCUCAGUUGUUGUUGGAGCAUCAGCAGGUUUUGUGUCCAGACCCCUCAGACCCCCUCAGACAGCUGCUGAAUGACCUGGGACCCGUGCGCACCCUGCAGGAGCUCACUGGUACUGCAGCACUGACACUCACUGAUGUCCAGGGAUCCCUGGUCCUGGUCCAGCUAUUAAUCCUGGUUCUGGUUCUGUGUGUUUUCAGGUGAGCUGUCUGCUGAUCCGGGUUCAGAGAGUAAGACGGAGGUUUCUCUAAUGCUCACCAACAAGUUUGACGUCUUCAACGAGUCAGAUGACAAGCAGGACGCCAGAGCGCUGCUGCUCAGGUAGACCAGCGAGUUAGUAUGUUAGCUUUAUCUGCUCAGGUAGGUUUAGACAAGGCUGUACUGAGCAUGCUCAGUUAUAUCAGCUGAAUGGUUUAUUUCCUGUUUUUCAGCACAAAGCAGCUGAUCAUCGACAUCAUCAGGACUCAGCCAGGCGACUCUCUGAGCCAAAUCCUCAGAGCAUCUGCAUCACAUGACCAGGUACACACACACACACACACACACACACACAGAUUCAAGUAAACAUCAGGUAACCAUCCUUUCCUUCACAGCAAGCGUGUCACGAUUGGCUGGUGCAGCGGCGUGCUCGUCAGGACGCCCGCACGCCCGAUAAGCUGAAGAGGAACCAGUCGCUGGUUGCUAAUGGCAACCUGAGUUUGGAGGAGAAGAAGAGGAAGAUCGUGAGGAGUCUUCGUCGUCUGGAGGGGCUCGGGGCUCUGAGACCACCACAGACUGAGAACCAGAUCCUGACCAUGAUUGCCAAGGUGAGCUCACCUGAGCCAGUAACAGACCGCUGAUGGUGGACCGCCAUGUCCUUCACAAGCCACCAUACUAAGGCCGCAUGACCAGGGAACAACCAAUCAGAGUGUAGCUGAUUUUAACAAACGAAGUGAUAAUUAGAGUUUCAAAAUAAGACACACUUGAUUGAUAAUGAAUGAUUAAAACCCAGCACAGGCUUUUAUUUUGAAGGUCCACCAUGACUUAUGAGGGUUUAUUUUUUUGAAGGUUUUACUCGUAACAUUUGGCUUUAAUUUGAACAGUUUAUCUAACUUUAAAGGAUUUGGAAACUCAGGCUUUUAAUCUGAAUGUCUGAAAAACUCAUCAAGGCAGUAAAUAUACAGUUCUGACUUUAGUCCUACAGGCUUUUAUUUUGAAGGUCCUAAAUAGCUCAUACAGACUUUUAUUAUGACGUUUACAAAAAAGGCAAGUACAGACUUUGGGCUUUUAUUCUGAAAGUCAAACAUUAUCAUUCAGGCUUCAUCCUGAGGGUCGAACAUUACUUUAAAUGGACAGAGCCUUUUAAUAGAGAGAGCAUGAGCGAGAGAGCGAGCAUGAGCGAGAGAGCGAGCGAGUCCCUACUCCUAGCGAAGACCGAAGCCCUUCACGAGGCAAAUCAAACAAUUACCACACUCCGUAUCCAAAAACUGUCCGAGGAACUUAAAUCAAAAUCUACACUACUCACAACAUGUAUGGAUGUGGCCCACCAGCAAUCCCUCCACCUGUUCUCCCUCCAAGCAACCCUCCAGGACACGCUACCCUGGGAGCCUCACAGCCCAAAGACCUCAUCCCGACCGCCAUCCACCACAGCACCCAACCAGGACUCAAGCUGGACUGAAGUGAUCACUCGAAGUAGGAAAACCAACAACACCAUCCCCUGGAACCCAGCCGGGCCUACCUCAAGCUCCACGCCGAGCAAUCCACUGCUCCGGUCCGAGAUCCUCGCCGGCAGUAGGACAAAUCCCUCCAACGAUGCCUCUACAGUCCGGUUGGCCCUCUCUAACCGCUUCUAGGCCCUUAUGCAUCCUCCUAAGCCCGACAGCACCAGCCCGAACCAGUCCCCUCUCCGCGAUGACGUGGUGGCGUCCUUCACAGCGGCUGCCGAAGCUCACAUGGCUCCUACACGGCCACCCGGCAGAGUCCCCGGACCUUCGUCCUCGUCCACCGAUGUCUCCGUGGCGUGCCGGCCCGACGAUCUUCUGGCGACCAGCUCCCAGGCGUCACCGGGCGCUGGUGCGAAGAACACCUCCCUUCCGGCGUGCAGGGGGAUUCCCGUGUGGCCUGGCACUAGCGGAAGGGGACCCCUCUCCGUCAGUGCCUGGUCGCGCGGUCUCCCGGGAACCGCCUGGACCACCGCUCUGAGAGCCGGACCGCGUCCUCAGCCGCCCGCAAGAGGUUUCUCCGAGAGGCAGUCCGACGGAACUCUGCCGGGCCCGCCACCGCCGCCCCGGACGAAAUGGCAGACCAUCCCCGCUGCUGCAGGAGUCCACUGCACCGCCGAAUUCUCGCAGCCUGGCCAUCAGCUCUGCUUCGGGUACAGGAGCCAUGCAACCCCCGCCGCUGUUUCCACCCACCACCUUGAUCGUCGGUGACAGCAUCACACGAGGUAUCCGUUUUUUCAAUGCCAUCACUCGUUCUUUCCCCGGUGCAACUGUCGCCGACAUCACGACAGAACUCCCCGUCUUCUCCAGUCACUUCCUCCCUCUAUCCACCGCAUCAUUGUUCACGUCGGCACCAACGACACGGCUCACAAACAGUCUGAACUGACCAAAAGGGACUUCAAAUCACUUCUCCACAUCCUUCAGUGCAGCGGCAAAUCUCUUUAAGUGGUGUGCUACCAACGCAUUGAUUGUUUUAGCCACCUCCUCAGCCUGAACUCCUGGCUUCGAUCACUCUGCAGCACCUCCUCCACCCACUUCAUUGACAAUUUUAAUCUGUUCUGGAACCUAUCCCCAUUUUUCUCCCAUGACGGACUUCACCCAAACAAACUGGGCUAUUACACACUUACCGCUAAUAUCCAACACCACAUACACACCAACUGACUAGCAUUGUUUACACUCUCUCUGUCAUCCUCUUCUUCCUUGCCUGUCACUACCCCACCUGGAAACAGCGCCCUCCAGAGCCCCCCCUCCGAAACCCUCGCCCUCACCAUCCCCACCACCGGCUCCCCCAACAGGCCCCAACUGGUACUGCACACCAAUCCCAUUGCCUCCACUACAGCAAGCUCCCCCUCCCGACCCAAACAGUUACUGCACCCUCCAAUCACAGAGACUCUUUGCCAUUCUGUCAUCUCACCAGGAUCUCGCCACAGCUUUUUCAUUCAAACAAUCACAUCUACUAGAUCCUCCUGCUCAAAUCCCAUGCAUGCAAAACAAAGGACAAGAAAUCAAACAAACCUCCGCUGCCUCACUGCCCACCCCACAGCCCCUUCCCCUGAAGAUGGCCCUUCAAAACACCCGCUCCCUCAACAAAAAAGGACACAUCCUGGCUGACUUUUUUAACAGACAAUAACCUGGAUUUCCUCUGUUUAACUGAAACCUGGCACAACCAUCUCGAUCUCUUCCCACUAAACCAAGCCACGCCCCCCGGUUACUCCUACCUGCACCAACCCCGCCUCACUGGACGAGGCGGUGGCGUCGCAUUCAUCCACAAGUAGACCCUCAAGACCACCCCCAUCCCCACCCCGUCUGUUCACUCAUUUGAAAAUAUUUCUGUCAAACUCCCCGGCCCCACCCCUCUGGUUAUUGUCACCAUCUACCGCCCUCCAAAGCCCCACCCAUCAUUCCUUUCUGAUUUCUCUGAACUGGUCACCCAACUAAGUACCAUCUCAUCCUCUGUCCUGCUGCUUGGAGACUUCAAUUUCCACAUCGAUAACCCCACCUGCAAACAAGCCUCUGAUUUUCUGGAUCUACUCGACACCCUCAACCUCACCCAGCAUGUACACUCCCCCACCCAUUCCCACGGCCACACCCUCAACCUCAUCUGCUCCACCGGCAUCUCCAUCCACCAUCUCUCCACCAUCAACCUCUACAUAUCUGACCCCCCCGCUUCACAGUGAAAAACGACUUAUCUCCUUCAGAAAUCCAUCUCGCCACAGGACCUCUCCGCUUCCCUAUCUACCACCCUCACUGCAUCCCCUCCCCCACCUCCUGCUAAACUUCAUCCACUCCAGCUCCAGCAACCAAAAGACUAUUUUCACCACAGUCAAAAAACUUCUCCACCCCAUAGACAGCAUCUCCACCACCUUCACCCCGGAAAAGUGUAACUCAUUCCUCUCCUCUUUUCAAACCAAAAUCAACACAAUCUACAACUCCCUUCCCCCACCUUCCAUUCCCAGCUCCUCCCCUCCUCCCCUCAUCCCAUCAGCACUCUCCCGUUUCUCACCUGUUUCUCCAAAUGACGUGUCCAACAUCAUCUGCUCCAUGUCAUCAUCCACCUGCAUCCUGGAUCCCAUCCCAUCCUCCCUCAUCAAGCACUGCCUCCCUGUCAUCUCCCCCAUCAUAACACAGAUCAUCAACUCCUCCCUCAACUCUGCCACUGUUCCCCCUUCACUCAAACUGGCCGCUGUCACCCCCAUCCUCAAAAAACCUGGACUCAACCCCGACGACAUCAAUAACUUCCGGCCCAUCUCCAACCUCCCUUUCCUGUCGAAAAUCCUUGAACGAGUCAUUGCAUCACAGAUCAAAGCCCACCUCAACAAUAACAAUCUCUAUGAACUGUCUCAAUCAGGAUUCCGCACCCAUCACAGCACAAAACUGCCCUCAUCAAAGUCACAAGUGACCUCCUCAUUUCUGCUGACUCCGGCCAACUCUCCAUCCUCAUCCUCCUUGACCUCUCCGCCGCUUAUGACACCAUUGACCACGCCAUCCUCCUGUCACUACACUCCCUCCUCAAUAUCACAGACACUGCUCUCAACUGGAUCCAUUCAUAUCUCACAGAACCGAAUCACUUCAUCCACAUCAACAACUGCUCCUCCACAACUGCCCCCGUGUCCCAAGGUGUCCCCCAGGGUUCGGUGCUUAGUCCUCUCCUCUUCAUCAUCUACCUCCUCCCUCUCGGCCACAUCCUCCGUCAACACAAUCUCCAUUUCCACUGCUAUGCUGAUGACAUUCAAUUAUAUAUCUCUUCCACCUCCAUCACCCCCCAGACCCAACGCUCCCAACUGCCUCACUGAUGUCAAACACUGGAUGGACAGCAACCUUCUAAAGCUCAACUACGACAAAACAGAUCUCAUCAUCAUCGGCCCAAAAUCCUUCACCUCCACAGUCACAAACUUUCAUUUCUCCAUUAAAAACUCCACCCUCUCCCCCUCCCCCCACUGUCGCAACCUUGGUAUUCUCUUUGACAGCAACCUCACCUUCACGCAUGUAAAGCAAAUCACCAAAACAGCCUACUACCACCUCAAAAACAUUGCCUGCCUCCGCCCCUCCCUCUCCUACUCUGCAGCUGAAACCCUCAUACAUGGAUUCAUCUCAUCCCGUCUAGGCUAUUGCAACAGUCUCCUCCAUGGCACUACCUCCACUCUCCUCAAUAAACUUCAGCUCAUCCAGAGCCCUGCCGCCCGCCUCCUCACCCAUACACGCUCCCACCAACACAUCACCCCCGUCCUCCAGAACCUUCACUGGCUCCCCAUCCCCCAUCGCAUUCAGUACAAAAUCCUCCUUCUCACCCACAAAGCACUCCACAACCAGGCUCCCCCCUACCUGCAAGAUCUUCUCCACCCUUACAUCCCCCCGCACCCUCCUCCGCCAAUGCCAACCUCCUCACAGUUCCCUCGACCAAGCACCGAACCUGGCGGGACAGAGCAUUCUCAGUCGCCGCCCCCACCCUCUCGAACUCACUCCCACUGGACCUCAGAAACUGCACCAACCUUACCAGAUUCAGAACCCAGCUCAAAACCCACCUUUUCCGCACUGCUUAUCAUCAUCUUCCUUAGCCCCAUAAACCCAUCCGUCCCUUUAAUUCCAGGACAUCCGCCAACAGCGUCUGCACCGUCAGCGGCGAGGGACGGAGCUUCAGAAGCUUCGUCAGACCCUUGGUAGUUUGCAGGUGAAGAGCAACUUCCACAGUGAGCAGGUGGACUUCUACAGACAUUACAUCACUUCCUGUUUGGACAACCUAACGGCCAGCAGGUACACACACACACAGUUUUUGAAGUUUUCUGAAGUUGUGUUUUUGUAUGAUACACUCACACACACACUGUGAUUGUGUUGUCCAGUAAAUCAACCAAUAAGAAAGCAGCAGAAAGCAAAGGGAAGAAGAAGCUUCCUGCUCUGAGCUACAGCGCCGCCCGGCUGCAGGAGAAGGGAGUGCUGCUGGAGAUCACUGACCUGCCACACACACAGUAAGAACACACACACAGAUACUUGAGGGUUUGUUGGUGUCAUUGUAAACAUGUGAAACCGUCUCAUGUGGAUCGAUCCAAACCAAACUCUUCCAGGUUCAAGAACGUCGUCUUUGACAUCACACCUGGACCUGAGACAGGAAGCUUCAAAGUAAAAGCACGGUUCCUGGGUGUGGAGAUGGAGGAGUUCCCGUUCAAAUACCAGGUAACACCAUCCAGGAUACUCCAGGAUAAGUCCUGAAAUCAGGUAGAACCAGGUACAACCGGACUAAAACCAGACAAAUACGGACUAGAACUGAGUUUAGAUAGGGCAGAAACCCCUCUGUUAAACCAUGAAAAAAAAUGUUCAUAAUCUGGACACAUCUCAGCUAAACAACACGAGAACUGAGCUAAAGACUAGGAUUAAAACUCAGGAACAGUCAAGACCAAAACAGAGUUUAACGAGGUCCAAUCAGUGCAACAAAAAAAGGAAAAUAGAGGCAGGAGACUAAGAUCACCAAGGACACAACCUCAGUGAGUCCGUGACGAAAACUAGAAUAAAAACCAUGACAUAACCCGUGUUUGUCUCCAGCCAGAAACUAGGACAACAACAUGUUAAAGAAUGGAACUGUGAACAAGGAUGAAAAAGCUCCAUGUUAAAAUCUGUGCAAAUUCAGGCCAGAGACUGAGCUCAUCAAAAACCUUAGUAAAACAAAACCAGAAUAAGCCAUGUCAAAACCUGAGUUAAACUGGGACAAAUGCUGAGUUUAAAGGGGUAAGAACCAGGACAAAAACCAGGAAAAUACUGGUGUAAUUAGUACUGGGUCUAUCAGGACAAAAAUCCCAGUAAAACAAGAACGACAGGCGUCAAACCAGAGUGAAAGAGCCGGGACAAAUCCUGGACCAGAGCCCUGUUUUAAGAGUAUUGAGACAACUGUAAAAGGUUCACCUGUCAGCCUGUAAAGAGACUUUAUGUGUGUAUUCUGUGUACAAAGAGUGGGUUUUUAGUGUGUGUGUGUGUGUGUGUGUGUGUGUGUGUGUGUGUGUGUGUGUGUGUGUGUGUGUGUCCCAGGACCUGCUGCAGCUGCAGUAUGAGGGCGUGGCAGUGAUGAAGAUGUUUGACAAGGCGAAGGUCAACGUCAACCUGCUCAUCUUCCUCCUCAAUAAGAAGUUCUUCAAGAAAUGA